AUGAGCAUUCCCUAUCUAGGCAGCAAAAUCAGUUUGAUAUCGAAAGCUGAAAUUAGGUACGAAGGGAUUUUGUACUCCAUUGACGCCAAUGAGUCCACCGUUGCCCUAGCUAAAGUUAGAUCAUUUGGAACGGAAGACCGACCAACCGAUAGGCCAGUGCCUCCAAGAGAUGAGAUCUUUGAGUAUAUCAUAUUCAGGGGUCGUGACAUCAAGGAUCUCCAUGUUUGUGCACCUCCACAACCCAUGGCUACUGAUCCUGCUAUCAUUCAAUCAUCGGAGAUCUUGGACAACAGUGGCAAUAGCAGUCUGAGUCCCGGGGCAGGUGAGAAUUAUGCUUCCCCUAGCCAAUCGCUGGACCACCUGCAACAACAACCACAGAUGGCGAUGCAACAUAGAAUACCAUCUCCGUGUCUCAUCUCUCCUCAAAAGCCUCAGGCUCCUCCCACACAAGCUGUCAAUCAACAGGAGGAUGUGCAGACCUCUAAUAGAGGUUUUAAUGUUCAGAAUGUUGGUGCUGUUCAAAAUGUUAAGUUGUCACCAGGCAGGCCACCAGCUGAUGGGGCAUCAUUCAUGCCUCGCAUGCCCCCAAGCCAACAACAUCAGCAGCUGCAACAUCAUCAGCAGCAACAACAACAACAAAUGAACACUAACAGCUACACUAACUACAAUGAAAACGACAGACAACACUCCCAGCAGCCACAACAACAAAAACAAAAUGUUUAUUCCCACUCUAAUAGAGAUAUGCAGCAUGAAAAUAUGCAACCAAGGAGUUACCCUGAGAAAGACUUUUAUCCUCAGUCGGGUAACCAUGGAAGAGGGGGAGGGGUCCACCAGGGUCGUGAGGUAUUUUAUGGAAGCAGCAACUCUGCAUCCACGGAUAGUGAUGGUUAUGGAAGAGCCAACAGCAGCAGCAUCCGGCACCGCCACAUCAUCAACAACAUUUUCAUCCACCUCACCAUCAUCAGCCUCCUACUAGGUUACAGAGGAGGACCGUCUAGUUAUAGUUCAAACUUCAGAGGAAGAUCCAGGGGUUUCCGACCGAGUAGAGGAACCCCGGCAGGAGGGGGUGUGGGAGGCCCUGGAGAAGAUAUAGCAGGUCAGAGAUUGACCUUUGACCAGGAGUUCGAUUUUGAAAGUGCCAAUGCCCAGUUUGAUAAGGAGCAGAUUGAGAAAGAGUUGAAGGAGAAGCUCGACAAACGACAACAACCACAUGGUGACCACCGCAGCAGUGAAAACGAUAAUGAAGACAAUGAUGAUAACGACGAAGGAGAUGGUGAUGACGAUGAAUGUGAACCUCCUGUCGUUUACUAUGAUAAAUCAAAGUCAUUCUUUGACAAGCUAAGUACCGAUUCGGCUGAUAAAAAUAAAAGAAACAAUUGGAAAGAUGAGAGGAAAUUGAAUUGUGAAACGUUUGGCCUCGUAAAUAACGCCAACAACAUAGGUGGCAGUUCGGCUGGGAGUAUGAUGAGGGGAGGAGGUCGAGAUACAACAGUUAUUACUCUGGAGCACCUCGAAGACCAGGCGGUUACAGAGGCUCUAGGGGGAGAGAUGAUGGCUUCUAUGGCAACAGAGGUGGUGGGCGUGGUAACAGCCGGCCACCGACCAAUCAAAUGCCACCAGGCGUAUCUCAAGCAUCUUAGUUUGGAAAUUCUCAAUUCUGAUUGGAUGAUAUCUUUAGAACGUGUUUGGGUGGAAGAAUUUAUGUAA